AUGAGCGAGCACAAUAAGCUAAAGAACGACAAGCAGCAGCAGCAGCAGCAGCAGCAGGCGCACAACGACGAACUGGAGCAGCAGCAACAGGAAGAGCUGGAACAGGAACAGCUGAGGGGGGAGACAGCGCCGCUGACUAAUGGCAGCCUGCGCUCGGAGCAGAAUGUGAUAAACGACGAGUUGAAGUAUGGUGCGGCGCAUCAUAACCACCAGUCCAUGGACUCCAAUCCGCUUGAGAGCCAGUCGGAAUGGUCGGACGAUGAUUGUCGCGAAGAGGCCACAGGUGGCGCGGAGUCAACAGGCUAUAUAACCGAUGAGCCUGGCCUGGAGAAUAUUUCGCUGUUGAACGAGGCAGGCCUGACCGAUGCCGAGGGAGCUCUGUCCGAUGUCAAUUCGCUGUAUAAUGCGCCCGAUGUGGAUGACACCUCGGUGUCGAGUCGGGCCAGCUCGCGCCUGCUCAGCCUGGACUCGCUCAGCGGUCUUUACGAUUUGAGCGCUGGCGCGUCUGGAGUCCUCGGACAGACAGACUACUGCGCCGCCGGCCUGUGUGGAGGCAGCAGACACAUUGCGUGCAACAACAAUGGGGCCUGGGGUGCCAAGUGUCCGACCAGUCCGGCACCCGAGCUCAUCGAACUGAACUUGGCACAGAGGCAACAUGUGGUGCGUUUGCACAACGUAAGGCGCAACAAUCUGGCCCUGGGCAAGCUGCCCAGGUACCAGCCAGCCAGAAGAAUGGCCACCAUGCGCUGGAGUCCCGAGCUGGCUAAGCUGGCCGCCUUCAAUGUGCGCCAGUGCGAGAUGAAGCACGACGCCUGCCACAACACGAACAAGUUUAAGGCCAGUGGCCAGAACUUGGCUGUGAUUGGCUACACUGGCAGUGGAUCGGCUCGCAGCACCCAGGAGCUGCUGACCUCCUCCAUCAACUCGUGGUGGAAUGAGCGCAAGGAUGCCAACAUGAAUGUCAUCAGACGCUAUCCAAAUAACUGGUCUGGACCUGCUAUUGGUCACUUCACUGCCAUGGCGCGGGAUUACAACAUUGCCGUUGGCUGUGCAGCUGCCAGGUACAAAAACGGCAUAUGGAACAACUUCCUCUUGGCCUGCAACUACGCCGCGACCAACUGGAUCGGCGAAGCCGUCUAUGCAAGCGGCCCAACCGCAUCUGGCUGCACCACGGGCAGGAAUGUCAACUAUGCGGGUCUCUGCAAGGUGGCUGAAGUCUAUAAUGUGUAAGCUGCGUUUUUGGUAGUCCAAAUAAAGUAAAAUAAAUCA